GACUGCCCGACUGCUCGACUGCCUGGUGGGGGAGCUCAGAAGCGCAUCGGAGAAGGGCAGCGGAGAAGCGCAGCUGUGUACACGCAUAUUCCCUCAUCUGUCAUUUUUACUCUUCUCCGUUUCUUUUCACUCCCCCCACGGCAAGCGGCCAAAAUGCUCGCCCUGCUGAGGAACACCCUCCGAAGUGCAAAGCGCUUGGGCAACAUGAAGCUGUUUUUAAGAGAAGAGGACUACCCCCCGGGGGGGGAACCAACGACUCAUGGGGCCACUACACUCAAGUCCGUUUAUGGGUCCCCCCAUUCGAAAAUAUUCUUUAACGACGUUAACAUUUUAGUGGAGGGUCAGCGCACGGAGGAGAAGAACCCCACGUUGCUGUUUAAUAAAGUUAGAAAUGACAAGCGGCAUAGGAAGCGGGCCUUCCAGAAAAGGGGCUACUGGAAGAAGCUGCACUACUUCACUCGCAAGGCCAACAUGAUGAGCUUCGCCUUCAAGAUGCAAAAUAUCGAUUACGAAAAAAUGAAGAAACUGAAAAGGGGGGAAGUGUAUUCCACGUAGGAAGAGAGGACCGGACCCCCGCUGCAGGAGAUGCAACUCCCCUCCCAUUUGUUUCACCAUCGGCAUGUCUGCGGAAUUUUUUUUUUUUACCCUCCAUCUUAUGACUGCGGGAUGGCUACUUUUCUUUGGUUGGUGUGCACUUCCAGCUGAGAAGUGGGAUGCCAGUGGAAAGG